AUGGGAGUGUGGAGGAUGGAUGGAGUGAUUUGUGGGAGUGUGAAUCCCAGGAUGUGUUUCCUUCAAUGUGGUUGGGAAAAUGAUGGGAGUCUGGAGGAUGGAUGGAGUGAUUUGUGGAAGUAUGAAUUCGAGGAUGGAGAAGGAAGUGAGAAAUCUGAAUUGAGUAUGGUUAGAGAAUCUCCAGGAGCAUCGCUACUCCUUUAUCCCUAG